UCCAUCGCCAUCGCCAUCCCUCCGUUCGUUCUCCCUUCUCCUUCUCCUUCUUCCUCCUGUCUUUCCCUUUGCUUGCACAUCAUAUCUUCCUUCGCGCACACUGCAAGAAAAUAUCCCACAAAACCCAAUCAGCAAAUUUGCUCCAAUUUAUCUGUUUAAUUGAAUUUUCACGUGCUGGCGGAGUCAUAAAUAAUCCCGACAAAGCUAAAAGUUCGAGCUUUACAUGAAUCAUUCCCAACUCUCUGCUCCCAAUUUCUCGGAGGAUUAGCAAUGGCCACUGUGUCGACUAAGCUCCACAUAUACGCACCUCAGAGCUUCGACUGCAGUGCCCAGUUGAGAGAUUUCCCCAGGACCCGGCUGGGUUUCCGGCGCCGCUGGUUCCCGGUGCGGCACCGGUGUCGGUCGUUUAAGGGCAAGGAGGAAGGAGACAGGGAGGUCGAGAGUUCGAGAAAGUUUGAUGAUUUCGAGGAGGACGAGGUGAAAUUGUUGAAGGGUCGUGAGAGAGGUGGGAUAUUGGACCAGCUGAGGUCCGCUGUUCUGGCUUGCUCGAGAGCGGAUGAUGUGUUCAAGGCUUCAAUAGUGAAGAUUGAGGAAGUGUUUUCCUCUAUUGCCGUUCAAGUGGGAAGAUACAUCGUGACAAUGAUGGGCACGGGAGUAAUCCUUGCGGUCGGGUUUCAGCUUUCAGGCGGAGACCCCCAGAUGAAUGAACUGAUCUGGUACAGCUGGCUCGGAGGAAUUAUUAUCGGAACGAUGAUUGGUGCUAACAUGGUCUUAGAUGAACAUUGUCGAGCAGGCCCUCGUAAUGUUGUCAUCACAGGGAGUACGAGAGGACUUGGAAAGGCUCUUGCACGCGAAUUUCUUCUUUCCGGUGAUCAUGUGGUCAUUGCUUCUCGAAGUCCUGAGUCUGUGGAUUUGACUGUCAAAGAGCUCGAAGAGAAUCUUCAGGAAGGGAAACUUGCUGCAAGUGGCUCAUCCAGGACAGGUUUGGCGCAUGCAAAAGUGGUGGGAAUCCCAUGCGAUGUUAGUGAGCCUGAUGAUGUACGAAAGCUGGCAAAUUUUGCUGUUAGGGAACUCGGUUCAAUAGAUAUAUGGAUAAAUAAUGCUGGCAUCAAUAAAGGAUUUCGACCAUUGCUGCAAUUCACUGAUGAAGAGAUCAAACAGAUCGUCUCGACAAAUUUAGUUGGGUCGGUUCUCUGUACGCGUGAAGCCAUGCACGUCAUGAGGAAUCAGCCUCAGGGGGGACACAUCUUCAACAUGGAUGGAGCAGGGUCAGGAGGGUCAAGUACUCCGUUGACUGCAGUAUAUGGGUCAACAAAGUGCGGUCUUAGGCAGCUUCAGGGAUCAUUGUUGAAGGAAUGCAAGAAAUCUAAAGUCGGGGUGCACACAGCAUCUCCUGGGAUGGUUCUCACGGACUUGCUUCUGAGUGGCUCGACUAUCAAGAACAAGCAGAUGUUUAACAUUAUCUGUGAAUUGCCUGAGACAGUUGCCAGAAGUCUAGUUCCUCGGAUGCGGGUUGUGAAGGGUUCAGGGAAAGCCAUCAAUUAUCUUACUCCUCCGAGAAUAUUACUUGCUCUAGUCACUGCAUGGCUGAGAAGAGGCCGCUGGUUUGAUGAUCAGGGGAGAGCCCUCUAUGCAGCUGAGGCUGACCGGAUCCGAAACUGGGCGGAGAACCGAACGCGGUUUUCCUUCACGGACGCGAUGGAAAUGUAUGCAGAGAACACCUGGGUGUCUGUCUUCUCACUCUCUGUUGUCUGCGCCUUCAUCAUUCUCUCAAGCACUGGUGGAAACUCAUUCCCAGGCACUUGAGUUCUGUACGGUCCCUGCAGCAGCAAUUCCAGAAGCAGUUCAGCUCACACAGAAUCCGUAAUAAGAUCCUCCAUUAAAAGGCCAGUGAAAAGGUCAGAACUGGUAUCUGCCAUUCCAUUUUUUUUCAAAUGAAUUGCAGAUCCAGAGAUCACAAGGAUAAAGCAGGUUAUUCAUUAGUGUUGGGUCUUGACCUAUACAAGAGCCUCUGCAUCAAUCUUGCUGUAGGUUCUUCUGUAUACCGAAAAUGAACUAUUCCGGGGCAUUCGCUGCAUUAUUUGUAACUUUUAGCCUGUACAUGUACUGCCUGAUCUGAUUCAGAUAUAUAGUUCAGUGGUUUUAGAAAUCCCAGUUUUAGCUCUCUUAUUUUACCUG